AUUUCAUCCAUAAAAGCCAAAACUUUUUCCAUUCUUCCCUAACCAUUCCCAUCCCUCUUCCGGACCGUAAUUCCGGCGAAAGACAUGAACGAAACAGUAAACCGCCUCCUCUUCUUCUUCUUUUUCUCUUAGGAAUUUUAUCGAACACUUUCUUACGUUCCCACAACCACACACACACUGCAAUGGCCACCACGUCUCUCUCACUCCUCCAACCUUCUCUCUUCCCACCCUCUUCUGCUGCUGCUGCUUCUUCUUCUUCUUCUUUUUUCGGUUGGACACAUCUCCGGGCCCACCAGAACUUCAUCUCUCUUUCUUGUUCUUCUUCUUCUUCUUUUUAUGGGAAAUUCAAUACAAGGGUCUCUGCGGGGCGCUUUAGAACAGUGGUUAAUGCUUCUGGGGACUACUAUGCCACUCUUGGGGUUCCCAAGUCUGCCAAUAGCAAGGAAAUCAAGGCAGCUUAUCGAAAAUUAGCUCGCCAGUACCACCCUGAUGUUAACAAGCAACCUGGAGCUACGGAAAAGUUUAAAGAGAUUAGUGCUGCAUAUGAGGUGCUAUCAGAUGAUAAAAAGAGGGCUUUGUAUGAUCAAUAUGGUGAAGCUGGAGUUAAGAGUACAGUAGGUGGACCGUCUAAUGCUUACACGAGUAAUCCUUUUGAUUUAUUUGAGGCUUUUUUUGGGCCGAGUAUGGGUGGAUUCUCUGGUAUGGACCCAGCUGGAUUCAGAACAAGCCGUCGUAGUACUGUUACUAAAGGUGAAGAUAUACGUUAUGACAUCACCUUAGAAUUCUCUGAGGCUAUUUUUGGUGCGGAAAAAGAUUUUGAGCUUUCCCAUCUGGAAACAUGUGAAGUUUGCGCUGGUACUGGAGCAAAGAUAGGCUCCAAAAUGAGGAUAUGCUCAACUUGUGGUGGAAGGGGUCAAGUUAUGAGAACUGAGCAAACACCUUUUGGCAUGUUUUCUCAGGUUUCUGUAUGUCCAACUUGUGGUGGGAAUGGUGAAGUUGUAUCUGAAUACUGUCGGAAAUGUUCUGGUGAAGGACGUAUACGUGUUAGGAAAAAUAUCAAAGUUAAAGUUCCUCCUGGAGUUAGUGCAGGCAGUAUUCUUAGAGUUGCUGGAGAGGGUGAUGCUGGACCGAGAGGGGGCCCUCCUGGAGAUCUUUUUGUAUAUCUUGAUGUUGAAGUGAUACCGGGAAUUCAAAGAGAUGGCAUAAAUCUCUCAUCAAAUGUAUCUAUCAGUUAUCUAGAUGCCAUAUUGGGGGCUGUUGUUAAGGUACAGACAGUUGAAGGAAUAAAUGAACUACAGAUUCCACCAGGCACCCAACCUGGCGACGUGCUUGUCCUGGCAAAAAAAGGUUCACCAAAACUGAACAAACCAUCAAUACGUGGUGACCACUUAUUCACAGUUAAAGUUACUAUACCAAAACGUAUCAGUACCAAGGAGCGUGAAUUGCUUGAAGAACUUGCUGUGCUGAAUAGCACUACUAGCAGCCGUUCACGUGUCCGUCCUAAAACUCGGCCAGCUUCUAAAAGCACAGAAAACGAGGGAGAUGUUGCAGAGAAAACUGAAGAAUCAGCAGACCAAAAUGACCUAUGGAAGAAGUUACAAGAGGUUGCCGGGUCUAUUGCAAAUGGAGCUCUAAGAUGGCUGAAAGACAAUCUCUAGUCUUGAUAGAUUUAUUAGGUGUGGCCUAAACUCACUGACACUUUUUGCCUUGUGUACCAACCAAUGUUGGCUCUAGAUUUUUCUACCUCUCAUAAUAGAUUAAUCAUUUAUCUUACAGAAGCUUAUCAGCACUGUACUACACAGAUUGAAUUGCACUCUAGUUGAAAUUCUUUUAUUUUUUUUACUUUGUCAUUUUUUUUUUUUUUUUUUGCUAUUUUGCAAAUUAAUAAAAUUUACCUCUGCACUUAUUUUGAUUUG